GUUCUCGCGAGAUUUCACGAGAGGAUAAGUUGAAGGGAACAUGGCGACGUCUCAUUUGCUAAAGAACAAAGGCUCCCUUCAAUUUGAGGACAAAUGGGACCUGAUGCGUCCCAUCGUGCUGAAGCUGCUGCGGCAGGAGAGCGUCACCAAACAGCAGUGGUUCGACCUGUUCUCAGACGUCCAUGCUGUUUGUCUGUGGGACGACAAAGGUCCCGCUAAGAUCCACCAGGCGCUCAAAGAGGACAUCCUCGAUUUCAUCAAACAAGCACAAGCACGGGUGCUGAGUCACCAGGACGACACGGCGCUGCUGAAGGCGUACAUCGUGGAGUGGAGGAAGUUCUUCACUCAGUGCGACAUCCUGCCCAAACCUUUCUGCCAGCUGGAGAUCACUCUGAUGGGGAAGCAGGGGAGCAACAAAAAGUCCAACAUGGAGGACAGCAUCGUCCGCAAGCUGAUGCUGGACACGUGGAACGAGUCGAUCUUCUCCAACAUUAAGAACCGGUUACAGGACAGCGCCAUGAAGCUGGUCCACGCCGAGCGGCUCGGGGAGGCCUUCGACUCACAGCUGGUGAUCGGAGUGAGGGAGUCCUACGUGAACCUGUGCUCAAACCCUGAGGAUAAGCUCCAGAUCUACAGAGAUAACUUUGAGAAAGCGUACAUGGACUCCACUGAGCGGUUCUACAGAACACAGGCGCCCGCUUACCUGCAGCAAAACGGGGUCCAGAACUACAUGAAAUAUGCUGAUUCGAAGCUGAGGGAAGAGGAGAAGCGAGCGCUGAGAUACCUGGAGACGAGACGGGACUGUAACUCUGUUCAGGCUCUGAUGGAGUGUUGUGUGAACGCUCUGGUCACGUCGUUUAAAGAGACCAUCCUCGCCGAGUGCCCGGGCAUGAUCAAGCGAAACGAGACAGAGAGUGAGUACGGCCGGACGAACCCCACCAAAGGCACAGCAAGCUCAGGUUUGCACCAGGAAACAGACCUGACCAAACCUCUCUGUCCCACAUCUGUCCCACAUCUGUGUUUUUCCCACCACUCCCAUUCAGAGCUGCACCUGAUGUUCUCUCUGAUGGACAAAGUGCCGAGCGGCAUCGAGCCGAUGCUGAAGGACCUGGAGGAUCACAUCAUGAGCGCUGGACUCGCAGACAUGGUGGCUACUGCCGAGACAAUCACCUCUGACUCAGAGAAAUACGUGGAGCAGCUGCUCACCUUGUUCAACCGCUUCAGCCGCCUGGUGAAGGAGGCGUUUCAGGACGACCCGCGCUUCCUCACCGCUCGAGACAAAGCAUACAAAGCUGUUGUGAACGACGCCACUAUUUUCAAAUUAGAACUUCCUUUGAAGCAGAAAGGGGUCGGUCUGAAAACCCAACCAGAGUCCAAGUGUCCGGAGCUGCUCGCCAACUACUGCGACAUGCUGCUGAGGAAAACCCCGCUGAGCAAGAAGCUGACGUCUGAGGAGAUCGAGGCCAAGCUCAAGGAAGUGCUGUUGGUGUUGAAGUACGUCCAGAACAAAGACGUGUUCAUGCGCUACCACAAAGCCCACCUGACGAGACGCCUCAUCCUCGACAUCUCAGCCGACAGCGAGAUCGAGGAGAACAUGGUGGAGUGGCUCAGGGAAGUGGGAAUGCCGGCUGAUUACGUCAACAAGCUGGCGCGGAUGUUUCAGGACAUCAAGGUGUCCGAGGACCUCAACCAAUCUUUUAAAGAAAUGCACAAACACAACAGGUUGGCUCUCCCAGCGGACUCGGUGAACAUAAAGAUCCUGAACGCUGGUGCCUGGUCUCGGAGCAGCGAGAAGGUGUUCGUGUCUCUGCCCACAGAGCUGGAGGAUCUCAUACCGGAGGUGGAGGAUUUCUACAAGAAGAACCACAGCGGCAGGAAGCUGCACUGGCAUCACCUCAUGUCCAACGGCAUUAUCACCUUUAAGAACGAGGUGGGUCAGUACGACCUGGAGGUCACCACCUUCCAGCUGGCGGUUCUGUUCGCCUGGAACCAGCGACCCCGAGAGAGGAUCAGCUUCGAGAACCUCAAACUGGCCACAGAGCUGCCGGACGCCGAGCUGCGCCGCACGCUCUGGUCUCUGGUGGCGUUCCCUAAACUCAAACGUCAGGUUCUGUCAUACGACCCGGUGGUGACGUCGCCCAAAGACUUCGCCGAGGGAACGCUGUUCUACGUCAACCAGGAGUUCUCCCUCAUAAAGAACUCCAAGGUCCAGAAGAGGGGGAAGAUCAACCUGAUUGGUCGACUGCAGCUCACCACGGAGCGAAUGAGGGAGGAGGAGAACGAGGGCAUCGUGCAGCUCAGGAUACUGCGGACACAGGAGGCCAUCAUCCAGAUCAUGAAGAUGAGGAAGCGCAUCAACAACGCGCAGCUGCAGACGGAGCUCGUGGAGAUCCUGAAGAACAUGUUUUUACCACAGAAGAAGAUGAUCAAGGAGCAGAUCGAGUGGCUCAUAGACCACAAGUACAUCAAGCGGGACGAGACGGAUCUAAACACCUUCAUCUACAUGGCAUAGCACCGCUGGGGGGGCUGCUGGCUCAUAUUCUACUAAACCCCGGACCUGAUGGACUUUUCCAGGCUCCCCGUCCUCUAUUUAAAAAUAAUCCUCGUGCAGGGAGACGUGAAUUUAUUUAAAGACUUCCUGCCCUACGGUUGUACAGAGAUAACAUGGAGAGGUCCUAACUGUUUUUAAUGACUCUGCUGUCCAGAUGAAGCUGUCUAAUGUUUGUUUCUGUCGUCUGGACCGCUGAUACAACACUCCCGAUCAAUGCAAGUCUGAAAGGCAUGCUGACAGGAAAGAUAAGGAACGCAAAAUACCUGCAGAACAGCUGAACCUAAAACUCUUCACCUCACUGGUUUGCAGUCUGCAGAUAAUCCGGACCUUUAGUGUGUACAAAGAGCCACAGAAACACUUCACAGGUUGCAGGACUGAACAGCAACGACUCGUCACUGCUGCAGGCCUCUGUCUCCGGGUAAAAAAUAAAUUCAGAAAUCAGUAGAGUCCCGGGGACAGAGGCGGAGGGGAACAGGAGCCACUGCUCUCGCUUUCCGUUCUGCAGGAAACCCCGGAGAAGAGGCGGAGGUCAGUAUUACACAUGGUAAAUACUACAGUACAGAGCUUUAGGAGAGUGUACCAUGAGAUGUGAAUAAUAAAAUGAUCAAAUAAAACA